UUCUGUGCUACCUACCUACUGUAAUUUUGUUCUCAAGUGUACAAAGUUACUUAAGUUUUGUGGUGCUUUUUGGUGCGUGCAGCUUAUUUGUCUUGAAGAAGAGACAAAAAUGUAUAUACUUGAAUAAAUACAUAAACAUAUAUAAGCUUUAAAUUGAAAAAUAUUAAAGUUCUAAAAAUAAAGUGUGAUUUCGAAGUUUGUACUUUUAAAAGUGGAAGUGUUGUUAAAAAUACAACACUACGCUAAUUUUCAAAGGCUUGGAAUUAAACAACUUAGUGCUUUUUAGACGCAACAAAAAGUGAUAACGCAACGGUAUUGUGUAAAUUAUUUAAACUGUAAAGGCAAAAGUUAUUAAAGCGUAAAGUAAAAGUCUGUAAUAGCGUGAAUGAAAAUUAUACAAUAAGCUGGUAUUAGUGUAGUUUUAUUAGGUCAAUCACUAAAAGUUUUGCAUCGCUGUUUACUUCGUACAUACAUAUAUCGUGCAUAUUCAACUCAAUCACAAUUGGCUGAAUUUCAUGUGUUUUUGUGUAUUAAAUAAACCAGCAGAAGCUUCUCGCAACACCUUAUCGACUAAAGUUGUAAAAGCAAGUGACAUUACACAAAGAAUUGUUAACAGAGUGCAGCAAAUCAAUUUAGAAGGGGCAGUAACCAACGAUACAAGCGUUUACAUUUACAACGUUGAUCAAUCAAUCGUCCACACUUAUUAAGUAAAUUGAGAAGGAGGCUUUAAACCAGACUACGUACAUCUGCAACAUAAUUAAAUAGACGUUUUUUGCUUAUUGCGAAUUGUAUAAAAUCCAAUUACCCAAGCCUAAUAAUUGGCCUUAACAUUACAAGGUCACAGCAAAUCCAAUUCCACACCAAAAUAAUAGAACACACAUAGAUAAAAACUCGUCCACAUAAAAACAAAAUGCAGUGCAGCCUAGAACAAAUGAAUGACUGCGAACGUUCACCGAACCGGACCAAUCUUCGUGUCAACUUUAAUGAGAAAGGAGCUGAAGUAAAAGAGCGACGCGAAAAAUUUCUCACCGCCAAGUAUGGUUCACAUCAAAUGAGUCUGAUACGCAAGCGUUUGGCUGUUGAAAUGUGGUUGUAUGAUGAACUGCAGAAGCUCUUUGAUCCACCGAGUGAGGCUAUUGAUGUGGAUAUUGAUGAAAUUUUAGACAUGGAUACCGAUGAUAUAAGAAGAUCACAUUUAAUACGACUUUUGUCAGUCUGCAAACGCCCACAAGCGGAUAUAUCCAAAUUCAUCAGUGAUUUAUUGGAUCGAGCAAAAACACUGUAGACUUACUGCUCUGACGCAACGGCACUUUAUUAAUAUGUUAAAAAUAUAAAACCCGGAAUGAUGCAGAUUAAUUUUAGACCUAAAUAUAUUAUUUUGUAAUAAGUAGUAAUACCAAAAGCGCAUGGAUGAUAUUUAAAUCAGACAUGUAAUAUAACCAAAAAUAAUAAUUAAAAUAUAAAUUUCAGUAGCUUAGUAUAUAAGUAUAAGUGAUUCUGAGACACAAAAUAAAUACAGUAAAGUUAAGCAAGUAAUCAUGAUAACACCAUACAUUUGUAUACCAAAAAACAAAAUAAAUAAAUAAUUGACACAAAGCAAGUACUAAAUUUAAUAAGAGAAAAAAUUUGCAAUUUUCAGGGCUUCGUGUGAUGAUUUGUAUACAAUGGAAAUACACACAUAUCGGAAUUAUCACAAAUGUUCAUAAAAAUUGCUAUUAUGCUUCAAAUCUGGGACGAUAACCAAUUAGUUAAAUUUAAAUUACGCUCACCGACAGUACUCACAGUGUUCAAUGUUUGAAAAACAAACACGUUUUUCCUUUUUUAUUAAUCUUCUACUGUUAAUAUUAUUAACAUACACAACAUACACAAUGAAAUUUUGCUGUGAACAACUAUUAUUAACUAAAUGUUGGAUGUUCAAAACGUUUCUCUUUACCUUGACAAUGAUUCUCAGGUAUAAAUAUACUUUUUCUUUCAAUAAUUAAAAAAAAAAUCGUUGAGAAUAAUAUUUAUUUCCGAAUUUCUUUUCGCCAACGUUUUUACUAAAUAUAUCACAGACUUGUUAGAAAAGUUGGUGUUGCGGGUUCAGAACAAAAUAACAAAGGUUCGUACAACUAGUCUACACUUGUUAAAUGUGUGGAUGUGUUAUGGAAUAGUAUAUGUAUGUACUUAUAUAAGUUCAAAAUAUUACUUCAGUGUAACAAUUCAAUUUGUUUGGGAAGAGGUAGUUUUAUUGAGCGAUGGGUGAGCUUACUUAUAUAAAAAUGAUUUUGCUUUUGAAAAGUCUAUGGAAUAUAAAUUUUUAUAUUUACAUUUUUUAAUUUAUGAUUUGUGUCGUCCUGCUUUCAUAAGAUAUAUUACUUAAGACUGUACUUCUGAGUCGAUGUAAUUUUUGGAAGGUAAUUUUUUGAAAACUGCCAGUAGUAGAAAUACUAUGCAUAUAGAAUUGUUCGAAAAAAUUGGAGCAACUAACAAGAGAAAUAAAGCACAUCUUAUGAAUUUUACAGUGAUAUUUAAAGGAAAACUUAAUAUAAAAAUAUAUGUAUACCUAACGCUGUAAAUCGGUUAAAUUAUUUGGGACAUUUUAUUAUAUACAAUUGACCACAUCUGAAACUCUAAAACUCUAUGAGAAUCUUGACAACGUUAUAUUUUCCUUGUAGAGUCGUAUAACUGUUUGCUAUAAAAAAGAAGUAUAAUCCAAUUAAAAUGGGUAUUUUGGCUACAAUUGUCAUUAUUUAAAAAAAACACUUUCUGAACCAACAACUUUGCGAAUUUUUACGUCCUAAAAGAUAGACAAUUCAUUAUAUUACAUAUUUGACUCUUAAAUAUUGCAACAAAUAAAUUGAUAGCAAGUUUUAAAUUUAACUGUGGUUGUUCUUCUUUCAUGGAACACGUGUGUACAUCAACACAAAUGAAAUAUAUAUACUUUUGAAACAUGCGUUUAGCUUUGCCAAAUACUAUUACAAAUUCAUUUGAAUAAAAGCUUUGACAAAAUGAUUCCCCUAUAAAUACAGAGUAUCAUGCUUGUUUUCUUAAUCCCUUUUCAAACAUAUAAUUGUAAGCAACAAGUUUAUGUUAAGUAAGUUUUGCAAUUACUAUUUAAUAUUUGUAGAAAAAUGGGUGAACAAAAAUUUGUAAAGUAAAAUUAAUCACCAAAAUAUAUAAGAAAGCUCAGGUUCACUGCCAAAAGAUAUUUAUAUGUAUAUCUAAAAUGAGUGCAUAUGAAAUAGGUAUAGAGAUGUGUAGGAUUGAUUGAUUACAAAACGAGAAAUGCACCGCGACCUUAGGUCUAUUGUGCCCUCUCUAAAAUUAUAAACACUCACCCAGACCCAGCAUAUUGUAUGGGAUUACUAAAAUAUUUAUAUAUAUUGAAGUCGAAAAUCUUUUAAACUUAAAAUGGGUGCAUUGUAUGAAGUGUAGUAGUAUAGUAAGAGAACUAUUCGAAAAACGGUUACACUUUAUUAAUCUAAAUUCAUAGUUUUUGUUAUUAGAAAAAUGAGUGAAUAUAAAUUCCAUACAUUAAUAUAUAGCUCUGAUUUAUUAUUUACCCUACAAUUGUUUAUAGUAGCCCAUUCACAAAAAAUUUCAAAACGAUUGUGUUUUACUGGCUGGAAUUAAAAUGAACGAUCUCCGAAAUGGAUUAGUUUACGUAGAACUAAAUAUAUUGAUUGUUAAUUUGGUCCAUAUCAUAAUGCGCUUUUGCAACCACCAGUUUUUGAGUAAAGUUCUUACCUACUUAGACAUAGACCUUUAUUACUAAAAACUUAAGCCGGAGUAUUAGAAUCCUUGGAUCUGCAUACAUUCUCUUAUUCUCACAAAUAUAUGAGGUUAUUUGAGAAAUUUAUAAAUAUAAAACUAUGUACGAAUUUUUUAUAUCUAUGUUAAGUCAUUCCAUUACUUGCUAUUAAAAAAUGUCUCCUAUUUUCUCUUGGUGGCUUACGGUGCAUACAUAUUUUUCAAGCUUAUAUAAUUUAUGCCACUAUUUAUCUAAACUGAACUGAAAUGGAUUCAAGAGUGUAAUAAUUUUGUAUUUGAGUGUAAUGUUGGUAGGAAUCUUAUUAAAACUGAAAAAAAGCCUUGAUAAAAUAACAUUUUUUUAGAUACAUUCAGAUUACUAUGUAAUUAUUCAUUAUGUUAAACGUUAAGCAAAAACAAUUGUCAAGUCUUUUAUUAGCAUUGCAUAAGCUUAUUUGCGAAUCUAGACCUAAAUAAUAAAAAUACAUAAUCUAUUUUUUUUUAUUUGCUUUGACUAAUAUGAUUAUUUGCUGUGCUUUUUUUUUUUUUUUGUUUUUUCCUCACGCAAUGUGAAACUACUGCGUGUCGUUUCUUAAAAAUACAUUCGGGUCCAGAAACAAAUAAGUAUAUAGCUAUGUAUACAUGUAUGUUCAUACAGUUUACAAUUCGUUUCAACUUACAAAAGGAAACGUACGUUAUCAGGUUUACCCUCAGCUUCGCUCGCAUCGAAAUCUUAAAUAAAGAUUAAAGAUCAUUUACAAAAACAAAUAACUAAUAAAAAUUCAAUGCUUUGUUAGGGUUUUCAAUCUUUAAAGUAUACAAAGUUUUAUGAUGAUCGGUUCAGUGGUUUCGAUGUGAAAGCGUAUAUAACAAAAUUUAAUUCACGUUUAUAAUACUAUAUACAAUUCAGGGAUGUAAUGCACUGCAAUAUUAUAAAAACCCACUUCUUAAGCUCUAAAUGUAGUCGAAAAAGAUUUUAACACUAACAUCGUAAUAUUGCAAAUAUACAUAUGUUUCGAAUUUACCGUUCAUUUUCCUAAUUCACCUUGAAAUUUAAUUAAAACAGAUGCAAUUUCUUAAUAUCAAUACGUUUUUUAGUAUAAAAAACUCUUUUCUUACCAUACCUUCGGAGAGGAUAAAUUCGGAAAUAAAGUGAAAUCAAUAUGAUCGAAGAUAAAUACGUAUAUACAUAUACACCAUCAUUAUAAAAAUAUUAAAAAUAGCUCAUGACUAUGCUACUCGUACACUUAUUGCAAUAAUGAAAAAAAUGUUUUCCUUUUCAAACCUCAAAUGUUGUGAAAUCUGAAUUGAUGCUCACAAAUCCAUUGAAAAUGUAAUUAAACAUAGUUUCUUUUAUGGUAAUGUAUGUAUGUAAAACUUAUUUUAACAUAAAACCUUUUACACUUAAAAACUCAUCAUUUACAUAUAUUCAAAAUAAGUAUGCUCGUGAACUAUUAUGUGAGUAUGCACACAUAAGCAUAAUCACAUAAACAGAGAAACGCGAAACGAAUAUAGAUAUUAUUGUAAGUCAUAAGGAGCAAACUUUGUAAUUUACGAGAAAAUAAAAUUAUUUGCUUUCAGAAA